ACGUCAUUGCUGCUGUCUAAAAUAGCGAAAUCAGUCGUCGAGAAUUCGAGAAUCUCGUAAGAACGGUGUUCUGGAAAGUUCUACACCAAUACUGCUUCUUGCUUCACUAGUCGAAACCAGGUAUUGCUUUAGUUUAGACACAGUUUAAUAGCACAUUUCGAAUCGUUACUUUCUUCUUGAUAUUUGCGGUAUUCUAACAGCAAUUACGCAUUGUCUGUCUGCUUCAAGAAUUUGCCAAGAUGGUGAAGGAAACUAAGUUUUACGAACUUUUGGGUGUGAAACCUGGCUGUUCCCCAGAUGAUUUGAAGAAGGCAUAUCGUAAACUAGCGCUGAAAUACCACCCAGACAAAAAUCCCAAUGAAGGAGAAAAGUUCAAGCAAAUUUCCCAAGCAUAUGAAGUGCUGUCAGAUCCCGAUAAAAAGGCAAUUUAUGACCAGGGGGGAGAACAGGCUUUAAAAGAAGGUGGAGUCAGUGGCGGCUUUUCGAGUCCAAUGGACUUGUUCGAUAUGUUCUUCGGUGGUGGAUUUCAAAGAGGGGGUGGCAGGCGAAGAGAAAGAAAGGGCAAAGACGUUGUUCAUCAGCUUUCGGUCACUUUGGAGGAGUUGUACAAAGGAACUGUUAGAAAGCUGGCUCUGCAAAAGAAUGUCAUUUGUGAAAAAUGUGAGGGACGUGGUGGAAAGAAGGGUGCAGUUGAACAAUGUUCAACAUGUAGAGGAUCGGGAAUGCAGGUGCAGGUUCAACAACUAGGACCUGGCAUGCUGCAUCAGAUUCAAACCGUAUGUCCUGAAUGCCGUGGACAAGGGGAAAUUAUUAACCCUAAGGAUCGUUGCAAACAUUGCCAGGGCAAGAAAGUAAUUCGAGAUAGGAAAAUUCUAGAAGUGCACGUGGAUAAAGGCAUGGUUGAUGGCCAAAAAAUCGUGUUUAAUGGUGAAGGUGAUCAAGAACCAGAUCUAGAACCGGGCGAUAUUAUUAUUGUGUUGGACGAAAAGGAGCACACAGUGUAUAAGAGAUCUGGCAGCGAUUUGAUAUUGAGAUUGGAAAUUCAGUUGUCUGAAGCCUUAUGUGGUUUCCAGAAAGUUCUUCAAACCUUAGAUAACAGAGAUUUGGUUAUUACACAACUUCCUGGUGAGGUUAUUAAGCACGGGGAUGUAAAGUGUAUUCAGAAUGAAGGAAUGCCAAUAUAUAAAAAUCCUUUCGAAAAGGGACGUCUUAUUGUUCAAUUUUUGGUUCAAUUUCCAAAGACUAUUGACCCCGCGGUCGUCCCGACAUUGGAAAAUUGUCUUCCGCCCCGUAAAGAAGUAAUGAUUCCAGAUUCAGCAGAAGAAUGCGUUUUGGAGGAAUUUGAUGCUGAACAAGAAGCUUACCGUCGCAGGCAACAUAAAAACGCUUACGACGAGGAUGAUGAAAUGCAUGGUGGUGGAUCACGGCAACCGGUGCAAUGCGCAACCACUUAAAUUAAAUGAAAUUACUUAUUGGUUAAUUGAGUUUAUUUUAUAUUUAUUUUUCGUAUUUCUAUUACAUGCACGUUUUCUGCAAAUUCCGGCUUAAUUUACUUGCAUACAUGUAGAUAUUCGGAUGCAUUUAACAAUAUCACUUUAUUCAAUAGUUGGUAAUUAGUGUCCCGGAUAGUGGGCCCUUAAUUGUGUAAUGGUAGAUAGGUAGCAUAGCAACAAAUUUUGUAUAAUCCUGGCUUGCUUUAUUUGUUACCGUCAUCUAUGUACUUGCAGUAAAUAGCAUUAUGGAAAGCGUAAAUUAAAAAUAAUUUAAUUCGA